AUGUUCACUCAUUGCUGGACUACCCUACUCUUGCAUUCCACGCCAACAUCAACAACUCUUUUGGUAAGGGUCUCGGUUGGUUUCAUUGGCUACCCCAACACGGGCAAGUCGUCCAUCAUCAACACUCUCCGUAAGAAGAAGGUGUGCACCGUCGCUCCCAUUCCCGGUGAAACCAAGGUGUGGCAAUACAUCACCCUGAUGAAGAGAAUCUAUCUCAUCGAUUGUCCUGGUGUCGUUCCUCCCAACAUGAAUGACACCGAGGAGGACAUUCUUCUCCGCGGUGUCUGCAGAGUGGAGAACGUCGAGAACCCUGAACAGUACAUCCCUGCUGUGCUCCGUCGCGUCCAACCUCGCCACCUUGAGCGCACUUACGGCAUCAAGCACCAAGAGGAUUACCUCGAGUGGUUGGCACUUCUUGCCCGCCAAGGUGGUCGUCUCCUCAAGGGAGGUGAAGCUGAUCUGGAUGGUGUCGCCAAGAUGGUCAUCAACGAUUUCCUUCGUGGAAAGAUCCCUUGGUACACACCCCCACCCAAGGGCAAGGGCAAAGAUGGUGAAGAAGAGGAAGAUGGUGUUGAUGGCCGUGAAGGCCGUCUUGGCGAGAUGCCUCGCAAGCGCAAGCUUGACGAGAACAACGAGCCUGCCGAAGAUGAUGAGGCCGAGUCUUCCGAUUCCCAGCCCGCUGAGGAAACGGAGUUCGAGGGUGUUGAGAGCGAUAACGACUCCAUCGCCAACAUCGAGGUCAGUGACGUCGAGAGCGGCGAGGAGGAUUGA